AUGGUUGCUCUACCCUCUCUUUUUAAACUGGUGAACAUACCUAACAAAGGUAGAGGCCUUCUUGCAGCACAAGAUCUCAAAGCUGGCCAAACAAUCAUCACUGAAUCCCCUCUCCUUAUCUUCUCAGCAUCACCUCUCUUCUCUCCUUCACCUUCCCGUUACUGUCACCACUGCUUCAGAACCCUACCACCUUCACAAACGUUUUCAUGUCCUUCUUGCUCAAACUACACUUUCUGCAGUCAAAAGUGUCUCUCCAUUUCCCUUAACUCCUCUCACUCUCCUUGGACAUGUCAAACACUCUCUCAUCUUCAAAACCCUACUUCACCUUUAUCAGAAAAAUCUUCUGAACUCCAAGUUCAAGCUCGUUUAAUUGUUGCUGCUUACGAUCUUGCUAUUCACACUCCUUCAAAUCUCGAGACUUUACUUUCUCUUCAUAGUGUUCCUAAUUAUGAUAAAAGUGAUGCUAUAUUUGGUGCUGCUAAGUUCAUUCACUCUCUUGUCUCACCUUUUUGUCCACCUCACAUGAACUUCUCGCCAGAACUAGCAGCUAAAGUCAUUGCAAUAGAAAGAGCAAACUCUUUUAGCUUAAUGGAACCUUAUUCACCAAAUGGGCCUCAAAGAUCUAUUAAGGCUUAUGGAAUCUACCCAAUUACCACUAUUUUUAACCAUGAUUGUAUUCCUAAUGCAUGCAGGUUUGAUUACGUGGAAAAGGAUGAACCUAAUACUGAUAUUGUUAUUAGGUUGAUUAAGGAUGUUGAUGCUGGAAGUGAGAUAUGCGUAAGCUACCAAAGGAUUAAUAAGGAUUACGCAACAAGGAAAAGAAUCUUGAUGGAGGAUUUUGGUUUUGUUUGUGACUGUGAUAGGUGUAUGAUUGAAGCCAAUUGGAAUGAGGGGGAGAACAAGGACAGUGAUCUGCCACAUGUGAUUUUCUUGUCCAAGUUUGUUUGUGAUAAGGUGAAUUGUUCGGGUACUUUGGCUCCUCUGCCUCCAAAAGAUGGUGAAAAAUCUAAUGUUCUUGAAUGUAACUUUUGUAGUAAUUUGAAAGUUGACUUUACUACUUAA